UAAAGUCCUUUACCUAAUAAAUACACUCGUGACCUGAGUGGUCCAAAAUUAUUGAAUCUUUUUCUCCAUCAUUACUAUUAAAACUUUGAAAUAUUUUCUUCUUCUUCUUUCAAAAUAACCAUCACAUUUCACAUAAUUGUGAGCUACAUUUUCCCUUUAUAAUGUAGCAUAAAGUUAUUUGUGUUAAAAGUCAAGUUGUGGGGAUACCCAAUUUAUAUAAUUCAAGAUUCUUGCCUUUUCUUUUAGUUAUGAUAUUUUUAAGCUCAGUAGAUUGAAAAAAAGUUGAAAAAGAUAAGAUUUUUGAUAAAGGGUAUGUGUUAAAGUUAACUGCUUCAGUGUUUCAGCUAGCUAAGAAUCUUGAUUUAAGAGGCAUUUGUGUUAACAAGAGGCUAUUGUAGUAAUGGAGGAAAGACAGAAAAAGGGGAAUUUGGUGUUUGCAGUUAAUGGAGAGAGGUUUGAGCUGCCAUCCGUCGAUCCUUCGACAACUUUGCUUCAGUAUUUGCGCUCUGAGACUUGUUUCAAGAGUCCUAAGCUUGGUUGUGGUGAAGGUGGUUGUGGGGCCUGUGUUGUUCUGAUCUCAAAGUAUGAUCCGAAGUUUAAAAAGGUGGAAGAUUUUAGUGUAAGUUCGUGCCUUACACUUCUUUGUAGUUUAAACGGUUGUUCAAUUACUACAAGUGAAGGCCUUGGGAACACCAGAGAUGGAUUUCACUCUAUUCAUGAAAGGUUUGCCGGUUUCUAUGCUUCUCAAUGCGGCUUUUGCACUCCUGGCCUGUGUAUGUCACUUUUCUCAGCUCUCGUCAACACCGAUAAAGGAAACAAACCCGAUCCUCCACCAGGAUUCUCUAAGCUAACUUCAUCUGAAGCUGAAAAUGCCAUAGCGGGAAACCUUUGUCGGUGCACUGGCUACCGGCCCAUUGCUGAUGCCUGCAAGACUUUUGCUGCUGAUAUUGAUAUAGAGGAUUUGGGGUUCAAUUCUUUUUGGAAAAGGAGACUCCAAGGAAAUGAAAGUAAGUAA